CUGAUUAUCAAUAUAAAAAAAAAAAAACCUAAAGUAAAGAGAAAGAAGAGAGAGAGAUGGGAAACAGCUUAAGGUGUUGUAUUGCUUGUGUUCUUCCAUGUGGAGCACUAGAUUUAAUCAGGAUCGUUCAUCUAAACGGCUACGUUGAGGAGAUCACACGGUCAAUAACCGCAGGAGAGAUCCUACAAGCAAACCCAAACCAUGUCCUAAGCAAACCAUGUUCUCAAGGUGUUGUCCGUAAAAUCUUGAUCUUGUCCCCUGAAUCUGAGCUCAAGCGAGGAAGCAUCUAUUUUCUCAUCCCUGAUUCUUCCUUGCCGGAGAAGAAAAGGAGAAGAAAAGACGGUUAUCGCCGGAAAAAUACUCUCAACAACAACCCUAGCGCCAACGUCGGAGUGGUUAAAGGUGAUGAUCAAAGUGUGAAGUUGUGUGAGAAGUACUUAGAAGAAGUUGUGUCGUCGACGUCGACUGGUAAAGAACACCGUCAUCGCCGGCGACACAGCAGAUCGGCGUCAGUAUCCACGUGGCGGCCUCACCUUGACAGUAUCUAUGAGGAUCUUAAUUAAUUCUUCUUCUCUUUGCCUCUUUUUGUUUCUUCUAGCUAAUGGUAUUUUUUUGUCCGGAAGCCGGAUUUCUAUUUCCCAGAUAUAUCAUUUCCUUUUUUUCUCUCUUUUUUUUUUGGGAAAAAUUCACGAAAAGAAUAUAAAA